CCCUUUAGCUUUCAUUCUCCUUUAUUUCUCCCUAAAUAAUAUAAAAUAAGGGGCAGAAAAGAUUGUUUGUUUAUCAAGUCCAAGUGUAUUUUCUUUCUGUUUCUUUUUCUUCUUUCUAAAACGCGUACAUGAAUAACCCAAAUGAUGAUGAACAAGACCAGAGAACAAACAGAAAAAAUACAUUUUCAUGGUCAUCCACAAGCUCUUCUUGUUCCACUUUAUUGACGAAUCAUGAAGAAGACGAAGAGGAUCAUUAUCCAAUUCAUCUUUAUGCGUACGAUAUGUUUUUGCAGGAAUUCCUAAACUCAAGCAAUGAUAAAAAGCAACAGAAGCUAUCUUAAUGAAUCAAACGCUACGUCCAUUUUUAAAUCUGGACUUGGCAGAUGAUGAAAAUGAUGGUUCUACACCAUUGAUUUAUGCCAGCUGUUUUGGUAAGCUUGAAACAGUCAAGUUCUUAUUAGAAGUUGGAGCAAAAGUAGAUGUACAAGAUAAAAUUGGUUGGACUGCGCUUAUGUGGGCAACUACAAAUGGUCAUAGUCAAAUUGCUCAAGUGUUAUUGGAGCACAGUGCUUCUUUUGAAACGAAAUCAAAAAGUGGCAGAACCAUUUAUGAUCUUGUGGAUGUAGAAAAUGCAAAAAUGGUUUCUACCUUGACUAUACAACCCAGCGUACUAAAAGAAAAGAGAAAAUCAUUAUGCAGUAUAAAAACAGCAACAGUAGAAUACAAACAAGAAGAAGAAAAAGAACUCGAAGUUUGUAGAGCUAGUUUUCGAUCAGUUCAUAAAUUUGUUUGGGAUGAAUGUUUACCUGACCAAAUGUUUGUGUUUGCUCAAGAAGAAGUGAAUCACAUUCUGAAUAUUGCCAUUACAGAACUGGAAUUACCAAUGAAAUCAAAAGCAGAAAUCUACGUCCCUGCAAACAUUAUCUUUCUGAGUGCCAGAUUUGCUCAUUAUUUUACAAGCAGAGAGUUAUUACAUCAAUUGUUAUCCAGCACACUAGAAAGAAUGAAUCAAGUGAUCAAGCUUAAUGAAAAUAAUGUUCAUACCAUUGCGUUUUGGAUAUCAAAUGUAUCUCAACUACUUUUUUAUUUGAAAAAGGAUCCUGGACUUGUCGUUGCUACUGCGGAAUUUCAGCUUGAGAUGUCAGAACUAAUAUCAGAAUCAUACAACUUUCUUGUGAUGGAUUCUGAAAAACGACUAGGACGUAUUUUUGAACCAGCUAUACUUGAAUUUGAACCACUGGAAGUAGAAGCUGUUGAAUUUGCUGAUGAUUGGCACCGAUUCUUUCGCCGAAGUCGGACUUCUGUCUCUUCACCUUCUGCUCAUCGUAAAUCAUGGAUUGCUCAAGACCACAUCAGGCCAAUUCUAUCACCUCAAUCAGUCACUAAUUUGCUUUCGUCCAUUCUUUAUGUCUUACAUUCAUAUGAAGUUCAUCCAGUGAUUGUAAUUCAAGCUAUCGCACAACUAUUUCAUUACUUGUCGUGCGAAAUAUUCAAUCAUAUCCUAUCAAACAAGCGUUAUCUGUGUCGCUCAAAAGCACUUCAGAUUCGAAUGAACAUGACAGUACUAGAAGAAUGGGUGAGGGAAUACCAACUACCCAACACGCUGAACGCUUAUUUUGAUCCUGUGAUUCAAUUAUUGCAAGUGCUGCAAUGUAUGUCUCAGUUGACAGAUUUAAUGGAUUUUAUUACAACGACAAAGGCAUUUGACCUCUUAAAUCCAAUCCAGCUAAAAAGAGUUGUGCUUGAUUAUCACUACGAAGUAUCAGAAGCAAAAUUGCCAGAAGAAAUAGAGAAAUAUACGAUGCAAUUAGCAGAAGAUACAUUCAAGAGCAUACAAGAAGAAAAGAAAGUAUCUCUGUCCAUAGACCGAAACAGACCAACUAGUAUUUCAAGCCUCGGCAGCUUAUUACAUUUCAGCAUUUCUCAGCCAAAACAACAACAACAACAACAACAGAGAUUUUCCGUAAGCCAAGAAGACGAUAUGGCUGAAUCAAAUAAUAGAGAUUCCAUUACCGAAAAGCGAGACUCAAAAUACAUGUUGCCAUUUUCUUUACCGACCACGACCAACUAUUCAGGCUGGAGAGAUAAACAGCCUCAAAUAUCUGACAAUAGUACCUUAUCGGACACGAUUUACUUGCAGCUAAAGCAAAAGCUAUUGGCAGAAAAGAAUGCUAAAGAAAGUAAUAUUGUGCCUUCCAUACCAGAAGAUUGGUUACAGCGAUUAGACCAUCAUACAAAAUAAACUAGUGCGUGUUCGUGUAACAUAUAUGUUUAUGCAAUAAGGGGAAACGCACC